GAACCCAAGAACAGACAGGUAGAUCCGCAUAUUGAGAAACUGCUUGUACUUCUGACAAGUCCAUACUAGCAAGUACACAAGUACAUUCUAAGCGUAGGAGAAACGACCUUAGGCCUCAACAGAUGAGGUUGCAAAAGAACACAAGUAGACUAGCACGCAUAACGUCUAUCUAUGGUCAGCUAAGUUUAGACCACCGGAAGUGAUGUAGGUUGUGAAGAAGCCCUUCAUUCACACACCUCUGAGUGGUUGAAUGCUGUUUGCUUGAAUAUACCGGCUUGUCUGCAACAAGCUCAGCCUGCACCGGGAAUUUAAAAGACUGGACGAAUCUGAGGGAUCGUCAUGCUCAAUUCUGGCUGAUACUAAAAAGAGAAAAAUGCAUCCCUACUUAAAGCUUACUUCCACCGGCUACUGAUAUGUUUAGCAUCUGCUUCGCCUCUUAAUUGGAAGCGUUGAACCAGGGAUUAUGCCAGCGGAGUUUUGUUUAAAGAUAAAAAUUGGGUCUUGAGGAAUAAAUGCGAUCAAGACAAAGAAAAAAAGAUUGCAGUUGUCAAACAAGAUGGAUAAUCGACGUAAAAAGAAACUGACAUUCUUCACCAUUGGACUAAUUUUUCUUCUGAGCGGUGUGGAAUAUGCUGUUAUAUUACCCACAAUAUGGAGGUAUCUGCAGAUUUUGGAUGCAGCUCCUUACUUCCUGGGUUUGGUCUUGUCAGCAUUCAGUCUGAGCGGCCUCCUGUCGGGACCACUGUUUGGCCACUGGUCUGACAGAACACAAACCACAAAGAAGAUCAUUUUGCUCUCCAACCUUUUUGAAAUAGUUGGUAAUUUAAUGUACUUCAUGGGCUACUCCAAGUGGCUCUUACUGUCAAGUAGACUGGUAGCAGGUCUUGGUGCGGGUGCUGGCUCAUCCAUCUUUGGCUUUCUGACCAGAAGUACUGCUCCGGAGGACCGGGCCACUGUUUUUGCUGCAGUCAUGGCAUGUCGUCAAGCUGGUCUUCUGAUUGGUCCAGCAUUUAACAUCUUUCUAAGGUUGUGUGAUUUCCGCCUUGGUUCUUUUGUGGUUAAUAAAUAUACUGCACCAGGGUUGUUUAUGUGUCUGCUGUGGAUUCUCCUACAACUGGCGGUGGUCUUUAUGUACUGGGAUCUCCCACCUCUUGAAAGGAGAAAGACUAAUGAUAGCUUGGCACACAGUAGAGAAGAUGAUGUACAAGUGUUUGGGGAAGAUGAGGAAGAAGGUGAUGAAGAGGCAAAACCACUUAUGGGGUCCCAGGAGCUGGUGGGGUCCUAUGGCUCAGUGGUGGUGACAUCCAGCUCAUGCAAGCACCAUGCAUCAUUUACCUCCAACACUUCACUGAAUCAUACUUCUCCACCUCUGUCUCCGGCAAAACCACAAAACCAUAAGGGCUUCAGAUUCUUCAAAAAUUCCAGCUUAUCCAGAGAGUACCUCAGAGAGGAGGUGGUUGUGCUGCUGGCUGCUCAGUUCAUUACCCUUUUUAAUCAGACAGCACUGGAGACAAUGGUGACUCCCCUGACCCAGAAAUAUUUCAACUUCGGGGAACUGGAGAACAGUGUGAUGUACUGUCUCGGUGGUGUGGUGGUGAUCUCUGGAUUCCUGUUUGUACGCUGGCUGAGCCGCCAUGUUGCAGAGCGGGUGGUCCUUGCCAUUGGUCUGACCAUCUGCAACAUCUCCUGUAUUUGGUGCCUCAUAUUCCUGACUAACCCACAAGGUGGCUUUUCAUGGCAGCUGACAGAGUUCAUCAUCGGUGUAUUUCUGCAGGUUUUGGGUUUACCAUUUGUAGCUGUGGCUCAGGUGUCGCUCUUUUCCAAAGUAACAGCAGAGAAAACUCAAGGUUUCAGUCAGGGAGUGCGUCGCUCAGUGGGGGGACUGGCGACCAUCCUGGGCCCUCUGUGGGCCGGUGGUCUUACUGAGAAUAUGUACAUAAUGAUGGGAGUGAUGGUUGCACUGCUAGUACUGCUAACGAUGAUGCUGGCCUUCUCGUACAGGCGGCUGGUGGAACCGGCAGCAGGGCAAGUGGACAGUUCAGACAGCUGUGAUUAAACCUGCUUGAGGUAACCUUCGGAGAGCACAGUGGGAGUUUCCUUUUCUGCAUCUCCAGUCUUUAAUGGGACCAGACGUCAUGCAACCAGCUCCUGACUACAUCUUGCUCUAGUCAGCUGUUUGGUAAAAGGACAGAUGCAGAUUAUACAUCAUAUUUCCCAUGGAAAUAUAGAAACCUACUGACAAUGCAUGUUAAAGUAUUAGAUGAAAUUUGCCUCCACCGAAGAUACCCACAAUUAUACAAGCUACUGUUUGUUUAAGCACAUGCAGAAUGACAUGCACUCUUGAGGAAUGAAUGUGCCUAAUAGUUACUGAGAUUAAAUUAAAUGCUAAACAUUUUAAAGUAUUUAGAAGUGAAUUUGACCUGCAAUAAUAAGUAUCUUUAGUUUUCUUUUUAAUGAUGAUAAAUAUUGUGUUUUUAUUCUUAUGUGAAUGCUGUAUUUA